AUUUUCAUCACUUAAAAAUAAUUUACUAUUCAUUUACAAAUAAAAAUGUAAUUCUGAUCAUUUUUGGCUAACAGGAAUGUCUUUGGUGCCAAAUUUAGAAUUAUUUGUAUUUCCGUAUAUUAAAUAUUUGUUGAAGUUGAAUCAAUCAGAUAGAUAAAAUUAAAUUUCAAUGGAUCAGGAAUAGAGCAUUUAGAAUUAUCGUGAAAGAUAUUAAACACAUUAACGUUAAUGGCACCAAUGAUAUAGUUGUUAUGCAAAAUGUAGAGAUAUUAAAAUUGACAAUUGUAGUGGUAAAUUACGUUAGUAAAUUUUAUCAACAAUUGACGUCGGUUACAAGGGAAAGCUCCAAUUGUCAUGUGAGUAUUUGAGUCAUAAUCAUACCUUGGCAUGGGUGUCUUAAGCAAUAUAGGUGCUAUAUUGCACCUCUGAAUUCAUUGGCUAAAAGUAUAUAGCACCCGUUAUAUUCGAACAUUCACGAGUUUCAUCGAUCCACAGAGUAGAGAGACGCCGUGCGCCGCAACGCCAACUUUUUCAAGCCGCUUCUGCUUCACUGCUACUGCUCAGCUUCGAAUUUGACGCCCGUCCUAAUACAACUCGUCGACAGUAACACGAAUUUAACUGAUAAAUUUUAAAGAUUAUAAAUUUGUUAAUUUAAAAUAGUUUCAAUAAUUUUUUAACAAUUUUUUAAAAAUUCAAACAAGUAUUUAGUUGAUAAAAUAGAACUAAAGACGGUCUUCGAAAACAAAAAAUGAUUUCCGAAUAGUGUUGUAACAAUUGUGAUUGUGUUGUGAAAAGUUAAUUUUUUAUCAGAGAAAAAAUAGUGACUAAAAUAAGUAUAAAUCUAUUCUGAAAGUAAGAUUUUUUAAAUGUGUCUAGUUUGAAAUGUUAUCAUGAAAUUGUCUGGGAAAAGUAGAGCUGACAACGAAAAUGUGUAGACAUUUUGCCCGGAGGGCUCGUAAAAAAAUGAGACUCAUUUGAGUUCGAAGAUAUUAUAAAUAGUUAUAUAAAUAUAAUUAAUAACUUGAAACGUAAAAAGAAAGAAAAAAAAAAAUAUUUGAGCUAUUUUAUUCUGCUGAUUCUUCAAAAAAGUUUAUCAACUCAUCGCAAUGACAUUUAAUAAUUAACUCAAGUGCGUAAAUUUCAAAGAACGCUCAGUGGUGUUAAUGAGAAAGCUUAACAGGGCAUUCCGGAAAGUCUAUUCUUUGUCACCAGAUUGUUUUUUCAGCAUUUAACUUAUCAGACGUUAAAAAUUAAAAUAUUUAUCAUCAAACUACCAUUCAAGGUUUAUCCGAUUUCGUGAUCGUAUUGAAGAGUCGCGAUGUUUUGUUUCCAGAGUCCAUUCACGCGCACGCCUCGCAGUUCGGUCACGACCCCAGCACUUCCCACGCAACAGACGACCAAGAGUGGUAACACACUGAAAACUAGAAGUGGAUCAGAAACAAGACGGAGUUCAGAAGCUGUUAGUGAAGGAUCAGGAUCAUCAUCAAUUCAAUAUAUCGAUAACGAAGUUUCAAUAUCUGCAAGUAGUAGUACUGAUACACUUCCUGGAAUUAAAGCAGAUUAUUUAGAAAUUGAUCCACUAUCACCGGACUCAACACCACUGGAUACUCUGGACAUAUCCGUAACAACGAAUGAUAUAGAAGAAGCUUCUUUGCCAGAAGCUACCGGACGAUGGAGAAGAAAAUUACUGGGAUCAGAUUCAUCAGCUUCUAAUGAAGAUGUCAACUCGUCUUCACCAUUCUCCAACAUCUCAACAUCUUCUUCAUCCUCGAAGAACUGCCAAAGGUCUUCGCGACUUUUAUCAACUCCACUUAUGACUAGAGAAGACGUUGACAUCAAGAAGAAGAUGGUGGGAGGCAUCAAGGCUAGCUCCGCCAAUGACAUACCAUCAUUGGAUGGAUUCAGCGAAGAGGAGGUAGAGGAGGAGGAGGAAGAGGAAGACGAAAGUUGCUGUGAAGCUGAAACAGAAACUGAGGAAGGUUCUUCACUGCCGUCUAGUCCAGCCGCUGCGAUUUCGGUCGGUCUUGCUCCCGUUCAAGUUCCAUAUUAUUCUUUUCUAUCUGUGAAUGGCGGCGCGAUGCGACAAGAAACCACGAGCACGAGUUCACCCCAAUUGUCGUCUGGCGUCGCAACGAGGUCCAAUGACUCUGAGCCCUCGGCGACGAUCGAGACUAGUUCCGUGACUGGCAAGUGUACGCCUGUUGGUAUGAGUCUUAAAAAAACUGAUACCCUGGAUCCACCAAGUUUACCAGCUGCACGCUCGUGUCCCAAUCUUGAACAACAAUCUGGAUGUUUAUCUACCAGUGGAUCCUCUAGUCCAAGUCCAAGUCCUGGACCUGCUGGCCCAAGGUUCAAACCCGUUGAAGAAGGUGACAUUCAGGUGUGCUAUCUCAAUCAUACUAGAACACUAGUCAGCAAAAUAUUAUCAAGUAAAUUCCUUCGACGUUGGGAAACUCAUCAUCUGUACUUAAAUGAUGCUUGCUUAUCAUCUAAAACGCUCACAGGAUUUCUUCAGCAGCCAGUUCCUUACAGUAAUAUGACAGAAGUAUAUGCUGUUGCUAGAUGGGAUCCAACAUAUAAAUAUUGUUUGCGAAUUGUUUUACCAGAUGGUUCACUGCUUCUUCAAGCAAGUAAUGCUUAUACUCGAAAUCAAUGGUACCAUUCCAUUCUUUGGAAGAAAAGUAUUUUCAAGUAUCAACAUACAGUGUCUACGAAAACAAAAGAAGAAGUUAUUCUGAAAGAAUUAAAAUCUAUGGUAGACUUUGCUUUGUGGACUCCUUUACAAGAUGAAAGAGUCAAUGGUGCACCACUAGAAGCAGUAGCGAAGCUUUUAGAAGACCCAAUUACACAAAAGAUUCACGAGACUGAUGAGAAAAAAAUUUUAGAAGCUGAAGAAAAUUUUGAAUUAAGAAGAGAUCAGAGAAGAUGGGCAGAAACAGUUCUUUCAGUUGCUGCUCCGCUUUUAGAAAAAGCUGCUCCACCACCAAUUCUCGCUCGUACUCUAGCCAAUCUAACUCAAGAAUAUCCACGGUCAUCUCUUGUUCCUGCUCUUGCACCAGCAAUAACUCGAUGUCUCAAGCAUACUGUAGAUUUUGGAAAAUCUCCAGAUAUGAGAAAACUCAUUCAAAUGUUUAUUGCAGCACUAUAUGAAAAUGACGAUGGAGGACAAUCAAUCAGAGAAUAUAUCAGUUCAAUUCAUGGGCCUGGAAGUGAUUGUCCUCAUCCACGAAUUUUGCCUAAUUUAGUAUCAAUAUGUGUUGCUGCAAUAUUUCAUAGGUUUGAAAUUCGCAAUUGUGAAUCUGGUGAAAUCCCAUCCUUACCACCUCUUCAGUGUUAUCUUCUAGUAUUAACAAUAACAUCUGAAUAUGGAGAUUGGAGACCUGGUCUUAGUGCGUUAUUACAACCGGUUCCAUUCCCUGAAGGAGCAUUAGCAAAUAAAGAGGUUCAGGAAGCUGUUAUGUUGGGUGUAAUGCGAAGGCUUACUGCUGAUUCUCGUUGUACGGUUCAUAGAGUUCUUCUACCUGUUCGUGAACCAAGACCAGGUUGGAUUCAUAUCACUGCUCCGUCUAGUCCAACUUGCCCUGAUGACGGCACUUUAUUUGGAGAAAUGUUAACAACUUCAUUAGGAUGUUGCUGUCGACGGAAAAAGUUCAUCAGUUCAUUACUAAAACAAACAGGAAGUGCGUGUAUUCUUUUGGCCGUAAGAGGUUGUGCUGCAGCUCAAGAAGCUCUUUGCCUUAUGCUUGAAUGGCGUAUUUUACCCAAUGAGGAAGCUAGACUUCAAGUAGUAUCUGCUCUUCAAUCAUCACCCUCUGGAAAAGAACGUUAUGCUGCUUUGUGCCAACGACAAAGAAAUUUACAAGAACUGCAACAAAAAGGAGGUCCAAAAAAACUGACUCUUCCUGUUCGUGCUACGGAUGCCGAUGUUGCUCUCCUUCUCGGUGGUGGUGCAUUAGGAAACUUGGAGUGUCUUAGCUUAGCAUUCACUUCAGUAACAUCUGCAUGUGCUGAACAGCUUAUUAAACUGCCUGCCUUACGAUAUCUAAACUUAUGGGCGACCCAGUUUGGUGAUGCUGGACUCCAAAUGAUAAGUGAGCAUCUGCAGAAACUUCAGGUGCUAAAUUUGUGUGAGACACCUGUAUCUGAUAAAGGAAUCUCUACGUUAGCUUCAUUAACAAGUCUGAGGAAACUAAAUUUAAAUAGCACCAAAUUAUCAGCUCAAACGUUUGAAUCACUUAAAAAGCGUUUGCCAGCUCUUCAAGAAUUUGACGUACGUUAUACAGAAGCUUGGUGACCCGAGCCAAUACUCCGAGCAAUUUCAUCAAGUAAAAACAAUAACAACAAUAAUAAUUAUUACAAUAAUAGCGUUAAUGACAUUUAAAAAAGACGAAAUUUACUUGGUAAAAUUUCAACUCUCAAUAAUCGUCUUUUAACUAUCAAAUUAUACA